GGCGGUGCGACUAUAAAAGCGCUCAGUCCGAGCACGCUGACAGCAGCAUCAGUGAGCACGGAGGAGGCUGAGUCCUCGGAACUGUGGAUCAACACUCCAAAGACGAUGAGGACUCCCGGCUCCACCGCCGCGCGCGCCGCGUGGAACUUGGCUUCGCUUUGAAACGCCCGGUCGCCUCUGCGGAGCCAUGCAGAGCAACGGCAGCACGUCCGGACCCCCGACCACCGCGAGCGUCUGCGGGGGACGAGACCUGGUCGGCGGCGCCACGGGAGCGGCGUUCAACCUGUCGCUGAGCUGCUGGCUGCGCAUCCUGACCGAGGAGUCGUCCCUGGAGCUGCACGGAGACAGCGCCAACCUGGCAGUGAGGGUCCUCAUCGCCCUGGUCUACCUGCUGGUGUGCGUCCUGGGGCUCGUGGGGAACCUCCUGGCCCUGUUCCUGCUCCGCUCCCGGCGCCGGGGCCACCAGCACUCCUCCAUCGACUGCUUCGUCGUGAGCCUGGCGCUGACGGACCUGCAGUUCGUGCUCACCUUGCCCUUCUGGGCCGUGGACACGGUGCUGGACUUCCGCUGGCCCUUCGGCCGCGUCAUGUGUAAGAUAGUGAGCUCGGUGACCACCCUCAACAUGUACGCCAGCGUCUUCUUCCUCACGGCCAUGAGCGCGGCCCGGUACCGCUCGCUGGUCACGUCCCUGAGGAUGGACAGCCCCAGCAUCGCCACGGCUCGAGCCAAGUGGGCCAGCCUGGUCAUCUGGGUGGUGUCACUGGUGGCGACGCUGCCUCAUGCCUUUUAUUCCACCACAGUCCAGGUGUCUGCGGAGGACGAGCUCUGCCUGGUGCGAUUCUCCGACUCCGACUCGGGCAGCUGGGACCCGCAGGUGCUCCUGGGCCUCUACCAGACGCAGAAGCUGCUCCUGGGAUUCGUGGUGCCCCUGAUCGUCAUCUCCGCGUGCUACCUCCUCCUCCUGAGGUUCAUCCUGAGCCGACGCGUCGUCGGCAGCGCCGUGAGCGGGGACGCCGGCGAGAGGUCGGCGUGCGAGAGGGGGCGUCACCGGCGCCGCUCCAAGGUCACGCGCUCCGUCACCGUUGUAGUUUUGUCCUUUUUCAUAUGCUGGUUGCCCAACCAGGCCCUCACCCUGUGGGGGGUCCUGAUCAAGUUUGACCUGGUGCCCUUCAGCAAGGCAUUCUACAACGCCCAGGCCUACGCCUUCCCGCUCACCGUGUGUCUGGCUCACGCCAACAGCUGCCUCAACCCGGUGCUGUACUGCCUGAUCCGACACGAGUACAGGGCCGGACUCAAGGAGCUCCUGCUCAGAGUGUCUGGGUCCAUCCGAAGCGUCCUCACGCUGGUUCUGAGGGGCAAAAGGGUACAGGAGGCCCCAUCCAGUCUGGGUAUGAUCCAGAAAGACAUAAAUAUGUGACUGGCGUCAGGGAGGAGGACGUUUAAUCAGAUCUAGGAGACAAGCAGCUCCGGGGUGCGUGAGGUACAGGCUGAUGCUGGGGAGGGGGCUCGUCCUUGAGCACGGCCCCGAUCCAAAGCAAUCAGCCAGAAUAAUGCUCCAGAACAAGUCUCUGAUUGUCUCUGAGUGGCCCAGUGAAAACCCAGAACAAACCUUAUUGAUUAUCUGCAGAGGAGUCCAAACUGGCCACUUGUCAAGCGCGACGGAGCCUCAGAGGAUCUGCAGGAAGGACGGGACAAACCUAAAGAGCAUAUAGAGACUCAGCUGUGAAAAUUCAGGGCCUUGCAGUAAUUAAUGUCAAAGGAGGAUUAAGGAUCCCAAAACUUAUGUAAAUGAGACAUUUCAUCUGUUUUCUUCAUUAUGAUUGUAUUGAUGAAAAUGUGCAAAACAUUUGUACAUUUUUUCUUGUUCUGUGCUGCGAUCAGUUUUUUCCUGGUGUCUGUGGCAAAAAAGCGGAUCCUUCAGUGAGACAGUGCACGAGACGUGACACGUGCGUCAUCUUUGUCCUUUCAGUGUGUUUCACCGGCUUUUAGCUUUACUCUGCACUUUCAUGAAAACCUGCCAACUUGCCCACACAGGCCCGAGGGGACGCUGGGACACGUCACGCGUGUCUGUCGCGCUUCAUUCCAGCGAGAAGCCGCCGCGAAUCGUCCGCUUCUGUGGCUCCAAAUAAAAGAAAAAGGACGUUGGAGGCCGGUGACGUCCCGGGGACGUGGUGCUGUGCAGGUGGAUGAGUCAGCUGCGCACAGGCUUCUCCACGUUCCUGCCCUUUUGCAACCUUUAAAGUCGGAACACGGAUAAACAUCUUCACCUGCUCCCAGGCGUCCAUUGUGUGUUGCUCUGGUCCUAAUUGCGUCUCCGAUCCAGUCACGGACGGUCGAGGCUCUGUAGGUAGGAGGCUCCGCAAAAGAAGCUCGUGAAUUGGAACAACUCAUUUCUGACUUGGGAGCCAUAGCAUUUCCUGCCAUCUGCUGUUGUUCCUCCAGACUCUCACAUAAGCUCCCGUCAGAAUUCAACUCUAAAAAAAAACUGACAGAGCAGCUCUAGUGCAUCCAUUUCUACUUCCGUUUCAGUGCAGCAUCUGACUCAUCUCAUCUUUUAGAGCAGAGAGCACUCACGAGCACGUGACACCCGCACGCAUCCAUGUACGACUGUGUGAGUGGCUCAAAGCGGGUACCAGCACGUCAUCUCUGCGCGUGACUUACAGGUAGAGAGACCUUCUGGACUCCAGGCGCUCGGAUGCUGACUUCCAGAAGCUGGCAGCGAACUCGUUUGCACAGAGAACACGUAUCGGAUCAAAAUAUAUUCUGAAAGCUCCUUCAUGUCAUGAAGUUGUUGCCAAACUAGUCCAGAAACAUUCCUCAGCUGUGAAAUCAUGUGUUAGUGGCUCAUCAGUAAUACGCUCCAAGACGUCUGUCAAGUAUAAAGACGUAUUAUUCUCACAAUAAAUUACUUCCAAGCA